AAUUACUAAAACGUCGCCUAAUCUCGCAAAACCAGAAACCAACUCGGAUCCGCUCUACCCCGUCUAGAUUCGUACUGUGCAAGUGAACUCAAACACAUAAGAGAGAGAGAGAGAGUUUUCACUCUUCUUCUUUGUCAAAUCCCUUUCGCAUGUGAAUCUGAAACGAUUUACAGUUAUCUUGGUAAAGUCUAGAGAAUCGAAAAAGAAUGUCUGGAUCUGAAGUGUGAAUCAUUGGGGGAAGAGGAAGCGUGUAGGUCAGGUAGCUUUUUGCUACUAUUACGUUGAAGAGAAGCAAGCAAGUGGACUCGACUCUUUUAUUGAGAGAAAGAAAAAAGGCUCAAGUAUCGCUGUCCCUUAAGUUUUUGGGGUGAGGGGAGGCAAAAAUGGAGUCGCGGAUGGAUCAGUACGAGCUCAUGGAGCAGAUCGGGCGUGGUGCCUUUGGCGCCGCCAUUCUUGUUCAUCACAAGGCCGAGAGAAAGAAGUAUGUUCUGAAGAAGAUCAGAUUAGCUCGACAAACGGAACGUUGCCGGAGAUCUGCUCAUCAAGAAAUGGCUUUAAUUGCGAGGGUUCAGCAUCCUUACAUCGUCGAGUUUAAAGAAGCUUGGGUUGAGAAAGGUUGCUAUGUUUGUAUUGUCACUGGAUAUUGUGAAGGAGGAGACAUGGCUGAGUUGAUGAAAAAGUCAAACGGUGUGUACUUUCCUGAGGAGAAACUCUGCAAGUGGUUUACGCAACUCUUGUUAGCUGUUGAGUAUCUUCAUUCUAACUAUGUUCUGCAUCGUGAUCUCAAGUGCUCCAACAUUUUCCUUACUAAAGAUGACGUUCGCCUUGGAGACUUUGGUCUGGCUAAAACUCUAAAGGCGGAUGACCUAACUUCCUCGGUCGUUGGAACUCCAAACUACAUGUGCCCGGAACUGCUCGCUGAUAUCCCUUAUGGUUUUAAAUCAGACAUCUGGUCCCUAGGCUGUUGUAUCUAUGAGAUGGCUGCAUUUCGACCUGCUUUCAAAGCUUUUGAUAUGGCAGGACUUAUAAGCAAGGUUAAUCGUUCCUCAAUUGGUCCGUUGCCUUCAUGCUAUUCUCCAUCUUUAAAAGCACUCAUUAAGGGGAUGCUAAGGAAGAACCCAGAGUAUCGGCCAAGCGCCUCCGAAAUUUUGAAGCAUCCUUAUUUGCAGCCAUAUGUUGAGCAGUACCGUCCAGUCGUUAACGCAGCGUCUAUAACUCCAGAGAAGCCUCUCAAUUCUCGUGAGGGUCGGAGGAGUAUGGCUGAAAGCCAGAACAGCAAUAGCUCCAGUGAGAGAGAUAACUUCUACGUCAGCGACAAAAGUAAUCGACAUGUGGCUCCAAGCAACGGUAAUAAACUCCCUGAGACCGAUUCAGUUUCUGUCGAUGAAGAAGACAUCGUCGUCGACCAUACACAGCAACAACAACCACCAGCUGAAAAUGAAAAUGAACAGAGCGUUUCAGCGACGAAAACAGAUAGCCAUGGGAUAUUAAAGCCCUCACAGAGUGACCAGCGGGCAGAGAUUAUUCAACAGAGACACCCGAAAACUAUUAGGAACAUCAUGAUGGUUUUGAAAGAAGAGAAGGCUAGAGAAAACGGUUCGCCCAUGAGAGUUGUUAACCGAGGGAGAACAACAACAUCGUCUGGUGUUCCGACACAGAAGAACAACAAUAACGAAACUCCUUCAAAGAUCCCCAAACUCGGUGACAUUGCUCAUAGCUCCAAGACUAACAACGUAAAUACACUUUCAAAACUUGCCUCUGAUUCUGCAAAGACUACACCGCCGAAGCAUCAUCAAAUGCCAGUGAUAGACUCUUCUUCAAAACUUAAGCCUAGGAACGACAGAAUUCCUCUGGCUCCCGCUGCAAAACAGGAGCCGGAAGAGGCAAUGUCAGCUAAGAGAAGACAAAGGACACCUCCUACUACUUUACCAAGAAGAACGACCUCGAGGCAAUUAGGAGCAGAUGUUCCAAAUAUGGCGGCUAAAGACACCGUGAAGCUGUUGUAUCCAUGUCAGCCGCCAGAGCACGAAAACAAUACUACUACUCAUCAACAACCUCGUGUCCAAGCGGUGGAGCAGCCAAAGAGAACCUCUGUCGGAUCUUCCAAAGGGGGGAUGCAGAGUGAAAGCAGCAACUCUAUCUCGUCUUCUUUGUCCAUGCAAGCAUUUGAGCUCUGUGAUGAUGCUUCCACACCGUAUGAACAUGAUGACGGCAGAAGAUCGUGUCAUAGUGAAUACUCGUCAGAGAUGAUGAUCCGCAGAGAUGAAGAACACAGCACCAGCAUGCGGCUUGCUGACACUGCUCCUGUUCCUGUCCCUGAUGUUCAAAACCACCAGCCAGGAGGAAGUUCUCUUCCUGCGUCUAAAGAGAGUGGUAGCCCUCCUCUAACGUUACAAAGCUACGAGCCAAACGCUUCAGGUUAUGAUGAUGAUAAGUUCACAGUCAAAGAAUACGUUCCUUCCCACCAAGUGAAUACAAGUUCGGAUAAUAACAAAACAGCUGUCUCUCAGAACUCAGCUCUUGAGAGGAGCAACAGUCCUUCGGUGGUUGAUGACGUCAUACACGUGAUCCGGCACAGCAGUUUCCGAGUAGGGAGUGACCAGCCGGUCAUGGAAAGCGUUGAGGUCGGUGUCCAGAACGUGGACGUUGGGAAACUCAUAAACGUUGUGAGAGAUGAACUCGAAGUGAGGAAAGUAGUAGCCACUCCCUCCUCUGAUACAACAACCUCGGAGCCUCCUCCUCAUGCUGAAGGACCACCAGACCCUAUCACUAACUAUUCAGAGACCAAGAGCUUUAACUCAUGCUCUGAUUUCUCACCACCCGAGACAAGACCAAACUCGUUCAUGCCUGAAGAGGAAACGACUCCGGUUCCAGCUGUGAAAGAGACGUUGGACAUCAAGUCGUUCAGACAGAGAGCAGAGGCGCUUGAAGGUCUCUUGGAACUGUCAGCGGAUUUGCUGGAGCAGAGUAGGCUGGAAGAGCUGGCCAUCGUGUUGCAGCCGUUUGGGAAGAACAAAGUUUCGCCUAGAGAAACUGCUAUUUGGUUGGCAAAGAGCUUAAAAGGAAUGAUGAUCGAUGACAUCAAUAGUAACAACAGUGGCUGUUCCAGGAAUUGUUCUUGAAGGUAACGAUUUGUAUUAUACCACCACCCACAUUCUUCAAACCAAACUCUCUUCUGUUCCCUCUUUUUUUUUUCCUGUAACGUUUGAAUUUGCACAAAGCAAUAAUUCCUUCUUUUAUUAUUAAAAAAAAAAGAAUCAUUAAAAACCA